GAUUGGUCAUAACAUUUCACUUUCAAUCUUAACACUAAUUACAGAUUUAAAGGGUUUGCUUUGUGAACUCGUAAACAUAUUUGAUCUAAAAUGGUUAUAGGGCUAUUUGGCUGGUGAUUGAAACCUUGGCCUACCACUAACGUUACCCUGGCCUUAGUGGUGUAGCUAGCGAGCUACGAAGGUGAAGAAGAACAAUGUCGAGUUUACCUCAGUCAAAGGAGGAUUGCUCUUUCGAGUUUCCCUCAGACUGGGGAGACGAUGCACGCAUGGCGUUCCUAUUUUCGGCAUUCAAAGAAAACAGAGAUGUCGAUUCUACAGAUUGGGAUGGUAAAAUGGACUUCUGGACGCCACUAAUCAUAAACCGCUGCAGACGUCGUGGCUCUGUCUGCGUAAAUUUGCACGAACUGAACGAAAGUUUUCGAAGAAAGGGCAGUUCGCCCCUGGGUCUGGGAACUGUUCUUCAGUCCAUGUACAGGAAUGGAAAAGUGCAGAAAGAAUCAGAGUUUGCCGCAAAUGUGGAUUCUGGCUGGCUAUCGUGGGGAGUUGGCCUUUUGCUUGUUAAGCCGCUGAAGUGGACAUUGUCCACUCUUUUGGGCAGUGGUCGUGUACCUCUGGAAGAGUCUUUUGUCGUGAUUGAGUUGGUCAAGGAGAAAGCGGUGAAGCUCCUGGAGACAUAUCGGUCCUCUCCUCUGGCAGACAGGUGUCUGUUGUCCUUUCAGGAGCUGAGAACACUGGCCUCCCAUGUUUGUUCUGAUGAGACCAACCUGUGCUUGGCUCUGCUUCAGCUGCAGAGAGACAAGCAGGUGACCGUGUCGCUUCACGAAGGCGAAAAGCUGGUGAAGUUCUCCCAGCCUGGGCAAGGUCGUGUGAGCCCUGUCAGUGAUGUGGACCUUGGUAUCUACCAGCUUCAGCGCAGUGAGAAGCUGCUGGGGGAAAGAGUGGAGGCCCUGGGCAAGGAGGCAGACAAAUGCAAAGAGGAGGCCAGGGCUCUACUCAGUGAGGGGAAGAAAUCUCAGGCUCUGAGGUGCCUUAGGGGGAGGAAACGUGUGGAGAAACGGGCCGACCGGCUUUAUGCCCAGAUGGAAACUGUAAAGGGCAUUCUGGACAGAAUAGCCCACUCACAAACAGACCGCCUGGUGAUGCAAGCGUACCAGACAGGUGUGGCUGCUCUGCGUCUCUCAUUAAAAGACGUGACUGUGGAGAAAGCUGAAAGUUUGGUGGAUCAGAUCCAGGAGUUGUGUGAUACUCAGGAUGAAGUCAACCAGACGCUUGCCGGAGGAGCACUGGACACAACUGGUGGGGACACGGUCGAGCUGGAGGAAGAGCUCAUGUCUCUUUUGGAGAACUCUGCUCCAGAUGGACAACUGGACCUUCCAGAAGUUCCUUCAGGACCCUUGUCAUCCAGCAGGGAAAAGGGUGCCCUCGAUGAUGAUUUCUUCAACUCUUUACCCAGUGUACCUGACUCACGGUUAAAUAUCACAGACGAGGAGUUGGACAGGGAGCUGAGUCGCCUCAAUAUCUCUGGAGCAGGUGGGCAGCAGAGGGGACCGCUCUCGCCACUAAAGAAACUAGAGCCGGCCCAGUGAAGCACAAUGAAAUGUAUUAGUUUUAAGUAAUAAGCAAUCAAACUACAGUAUAUUGUAUGUUUUGCAAUAUGCCUUUUAUUCAUGUUUGUUAUGGCAUGUUUGUGAUCCUUUUUAUUUUAAACUAAAAGUUUUAAAAGUGGCCUUUUAAAGUUUGUGAAGUGUUACUCUAAUAAAUGAUUACAAUUAUGAUGCCAAAACAGCUGAUUCUGUGUGACAGAAUCAUAUUAGUUAUUACAGAAUAAAUUGUAUGUAAAUGUAAAA